ACGUACAGUAAAUGUCGCCGUGUGAACUUGUUGGAAGAGACCAAAACACGAAAUGAGGAAACGAUCAAUGUCUAAACUAAAUAACUGACACCCGUUUCCCUCUUUUUGUAAGAAAUCCCUCUUCCUGAAAGUGUAAAUUGUUUACACAUUGAUGGAGUGACAACCAUGGAUUACGAUUUUAAAACGAAACUGGCAGCGGAGCGAGAGAAAGUAGAAGAUCUGUUUGAAUAUGAAGGUUGCAAAGUGGGUCGUGGUACCUACGGUCAUGUUUAUAAAGCAAAGAGAAAAGAUGGGAAUGAGGAAAAAGAGUAUGCUCUUAAACAGAUCGAAGGGACUGGUAUUUCCAUGUCUGCAUGCAGAGAGAUUGCGUUGCUGCGAGAAUUGAAGCACCCCAACGUGAUUGCCUUGCAAAAGGUAUUUCUUUCACACAGCGACAGAAAAGUAUGGCUCCUGUUUGAUUAUGCAGAACAUGAUUUAUGGCAUAUUAUCAAGUUCCAUCGUGCUUCAAAAGCAAAUAAGAAACCAGUACAGCUACCUAGGGGAAUGGUUAAAUCACUGCUUUAUCAAAUACUUGAUGGAAUUCAUUAUCUACACACAAAUUGGGUUCUGCACAGAGACUUGAAACCAGCAAAUAUUCUUGUAAUGGGCGAAGGAGCAGAACGAGGGCGUGUGAAAAUAGCUGAUAUGGGUUUUGCCAGACUGUUCAAUUCUCCACUAAAGCCUUUGGCUGAUUUGGAUCCAGUGGUAGUAACAUUUUGGUAUCGUGCACCGGAGUUACUGCUGGGAGCCAGGCAUUACACAAAAGCAAUUGAUAUUUGGGCAAUUGGGUGCAUUUUUGCAGAACUUUUAACAUCAGAACCCAUCUUUCAUUGUCGCCAGGAAGAUAUCAAAACAAGUAACCCUUUUCAUCAUGAUCAGUUGGAUCGUAUUUUCAGUGUUAUGGGAUUUCCUGCUGAUAAAGAUUGGGAAGAUAUCCGCAAAAUGCCCGAAUAUCCAACUCUGCAAAAAGACUUUAGGAGAACAACCUACGCGAACAGCAGCCUCAAUAAGUAUAUGGAGAAACAUAAAGUCAAGCCUGACAGUAAAGUAUUUCUUCUGCUGCAAAAACUCCUGACCAUGGAUCCAACAAAGAGAAUCACCUCUGAACAGGCUCUUCAGGACCCUUACUUCUUGGAAGAGCCUUUGCCAACCACAGAUGUAUUUGCAGGUUGUCAGAUUCCAUAUCCAAAGCGAGAAUUUCUAAACGAAGAUGAACCAGAAGAGAAAGGUGAUAAGCAGAAUCAGCAACAAACUCAGCAACACCAGCAGACAACGCAACAGAAUCAGCAACAGCAGCAGGCAGCCCAGCAACAAAACAGCACACAGACAAAUGGGACAGCAGCUGGGGGAGGAGGUGGUGGAGGAGGAACUGGAGGAGGCCUCCAGCAUAACCAGGACAGUGGUCUCAAUCAGGGACCUCCAAACAAGAAGCCUCGUAUAGGUACAUCAGCCACAACUUCUGGUGGAUCUGCCAUGACUGCUGAUUACCAGCAUGCUGGUACCCGCUUGAGUUACCAAAGCAAUGUUCAGGGUUCUUCCCAGUCCCAGAGCAACACUGGGUAUGCGUCUUCAACUCAGCAAAGCUCUCAGUAUUCACAUCAGACCCACAGGUACUGAUCAGCAUUGCUGGCAGGAAGAACUUCAAAGGAACGCCUUCAGCAAUAUUAUGGUAAAAGGUUCCUGUAAAAGUUUCCCAUGAACUUGAUGAUGCACGUAAAUUUUCUUGUAUUCAGAAGUAUAAACUUGCAUUAUUCAGUGAAGAUUAUUAGAAAAAAAAUUGUUAAUGAAAUAAUGGUCUGACAGUCUGGAAUUUUUCAGUUAUCAAUGACUGCACUGGGAAGCUACCCAUUAUGGUCAUUUCUAUGAAGUUAUGUGUAAAUACCUUUUAAAAAGCAAGAAGAUUAAUUUGAACGCAGUACUUGAGCUCUUUUACAAGGAGCAGGUGAAAUGUGUUCACUGUGUAUUUAGAGCACUUUUUUGAUGCUUUCACAGGCUUUCGUGUGGCUUGUCCUGAACUAAAUGUAGGAAUUCAACUUUUUAAGCUUAUUGUGAAAAAAAUAUUUAAAAUACAUAUACACACCAUGCUUAGGUACAUCAUUAAUCACUUAACUCUUUAAGCACUAUAUGAUUUUGUGUAGAUGGCUGUUUUGAUUUAUUUUUUAAACCUGUACCUUUAAUUGAAAUAUUUUUUUCCCAUUUUGCUAUACAUUUUAAUAUGUUCAGUAGAAAUACAAGUUUGGAGGGUUUUCUUUAUUUGCCGUGCUUAGAUGUUUAAAUUUCAGUAACAUGUAUAAAAAGAGGUUUUAAUAGCGUUGGCAGCAAGUGUGAAAGUCAUCUGUUCUCUGUUUUAAUAUAGCAGUGCAGAGGCCAGUGCCCACAUCAGGCCUCAGCUUUUCUCCACAAAAGUUACCUGCUGAUUAUACCGCGCUUUAAUGGACCCCACCUUUUGCAGAGCAAAUUUCCAGCAUUGAGCUUCACUCACUUGCCAUAUGUGGGUGUAGAGAGAAGUGUGUUCGAUGUCAGCACUAAUAAAUUUAUAUCUCUGAACCAGGAGAUAAAAAUUGUGGAAACCACAAAUCAGAUGCACCAACCUAAGUGCCUGAAUUGCCAGUAUGCGCUUUUUAAAAUUAAGUCUGCAUGACUGGAGCUCACAUUAUAAAAUGUAAUGUUACAUCUCUACAUCUUCUAAACAUUUAUCCCAGUCUUCCUUAUUUUCAUAGCAAUGUAUCCCAUCGUUUUGAGCCUCCAGCUGGCCAGUUUCUCAGGGAGUCUUCAAUUUUCAUUCUCUUCAACUUUCUUUCUGCCAAACCUAUGCUUCCACGGAUUUUGUUUAACUCCGUAUGGCAUCCAGAUUUUUAUGGUUCUCCGGGAACCGUGGCUGACUCUGCUGUUAGCCAUUUCUCACAGAAAUUAAUUGUCUGGUGUAGUUCUAAUUCUGUAAACUAACUGACACUAAUGGCACAAUAAAACACACUUGAAACAUUUAAAAUCAUUUUGCAAUCCUGAGAUUAAGUUAAAGAUCUUGUAUCUGUUUUUAUCUUCCAGCCAUCAUGAUUUCCAGCAUUUGUUGUGUAAAAUAUUGACUAUUUUUUAAUAACUUUCAGGGCUCUUUAAUACGAGUUCUGAAUAAAAUUCAUAGUGACUGGAUAAGAUUCCAUUUACUACAGACUUAUUGGAAAACACAAUGAGUUUGAAGGGAAAUUCUGCUGUUUGUGUUAACUCAGUACCACUAAGGCAUCAACCUAUAAUGCAAUUUAUCUGUCAUAUCAAUGCAUUUUAAAAUACACCAAUUCUAAAAUUGCACUCAUUACAACCAAAAGACAGGAGCUGCCUUCCACAGCUCUGUUCAUAUGCAGCAGAAGCUGAACAUUUCCAACCUCUUUAAGCUUGGUAUAUAACAAAAUACCCUCAUUAUAUAUAGUGCAUUUAAUACACAGUCCUCAUUAUUUGUGAGGGAUAGGGUCACAGACUUUCUACAGAUAACAAAAAAGUGUAGGCACCACUAAGACCGCUGAUUGUGACUCUAAGGGAUAUGCUGUCAAUCCCUCCAUGGAUAUGGUAACCACAAUGAACGUUUGAGCUUGUCAAGACAAACUAAAGUAUACAAACACGUUGGAAUCUGACUCCUGCUACAAAUGCACCCACAUUCCAGACCCAGUGUUAUCAAUCACAACCCCGACUUUGGCCACACACUGACUAUUGAGAUUUCACAUAUUAUCUAAAAACACAAAAUGCUGGAAAUACUCAGCAGUCGGGCUGCAUCUGUGGAAAGAGAAACAGAACUAAUGGUAAAGGUCGAAGAUCCUUCAUGGGAAGGAGAGGAAAGAAGCUUGUUAAGCUGCAGGGAUUGUGGAAGAGGGAGUGUGUCUCUGAUAGGGUAAAACCAGGGUGACCACAGUGGGGCUGUAAACAAGGUUAUCUGGUCAAUGGUGAUUGGGAGCAGUUAGAGAGUGAGAAUGUAUACAAAAGAACAGACAAAAGAAUGUGGGAGUGGCAAAAUGCAGAGCAGGAAGACAUGCCCCAGAGGUCAGGCUAGGCACAUUCUCCAUAGUUAAUAUCAGAGAUGGAUGACUGAUAGAUACCGAGAAAUCAAGUUAGCUGAAGAUGUGAAAUUCAAUAUUGAAUCCAGAAGGCUGCAAUAUGCCAGGUGGAAGAUGUGGUGCUAUUCCUCAAACUUCAAUUGGGCCUGACUGUGACAGUACAAGUGGCCAUGGACUGAUGGGUCAGAGUGGGAGUGGGAUGAGGAAUUAAAGUGGCAGGUAACAGGAAGCUCAAGGUUGCCCCUGCAGACUGAAUGCAGGUGCUCCACAAAACAGUCACCCAGUCUGCGUUUCUCCAGUGUAGAAGAGACCACAUUGUGAUUACUGAAUGCACUACACUAGAUUGGAAGAAGUGUAAAUGAAUCACUGCUUCACCUGGAAAGACCAUUUGGGUCUCUGGAUGCUGGGAAGGAAAGGGGUGAAUGGACAAGUGUUGAUUGCUUGAGCUUGCAAGAGAAAGUGCCGUCAGAAGGUGGCUGCUUGAUGGGAACAGAAGAGUGGACCAGGGAGUCGCAAAGAGAACGGUCCCUAUGAACUGCUGAAAGGGGAGGAGAGGGGAAGGUGUGUCUAGUGGUGGAAUCUCUUUGAAGAUGGUGGAAACUGCGAAGAAUGAUCAGUUGAAUGCGGAGGCUGGUGGGGUGGAAGGUGAGGACCAGAGGAACUUGAUCCUUUUUCUGUCCCAGAGGAGAUAGGGAGAGAGAAGAGGCUCAGGAAAUGGAUAAUAUUUCACUCCUUGCAAGCACAAGAUAUGAAAUGCAAUCCAUCUUACGGCAAACAAGAUUCACCGAACACCACAGGAGAGGGCUUUGGAAAAACAUGCUAUAAUUAUCAAUAAUCACAGUAAUACUUGGCUGACCUUGUUAGUGCACGGAUCUGUGGAUAGUCAGUCAGCAUGUAAUGAGGCCUUAGUGUAUAGCUAAAGGUCCCAGGGAAGUGUUAUUCUAGAGAAGGAGAUAAUGAGGCAGAUACUCAAAAGUUUAGUCAAAAAGGUAGAUUUUAAGGAACUUCUUAAACAAGGAAUGAGAGGUAGAGGAGCAGAGGGAUUUAGGGAGGGAAUUCCAGAGUCCAGGGUCUCUGUCCAACUACCAAUCAGAGUGAAGCAGUUCAAUUCAGGAAGAUUAAGAGGCCAGAAUUAGAAAAGCUCAAAUAUCUGUGAUAUUUAUAAAGCUGAUGAUUACAGUAAUGGAAGUGGGGUAAAAUACAUUUUGAAAACAAGGUAUGAAUUUAAAAAUCAACAUAUUACUUAAUUAGGAACCAGCAAAUGGGGAAUGAAAGUGUGAGCCAGGACAUGGACAACAGAAUUCUGGUAAAUCUCAGGUGUACAGUGAUUAGAACAAGUCAGCUGAGAUUUAGUCAAGUCUAUGGCUGAGGCGAGGGUUUCAGCAGCAGAUGGGAUUGUGAUAUUAUAGCCAUUACAGAAACAUGGUUGAGAGAUGGGGCAGGAACAGCAGCUCAGUGUUCCAGGGUACCUACGCUUCCGGUGUGACAGAGGUGGAGGUAAGAGAGGAGAAGGAGUUGCACGGUUGAUAAGGGAGAACAUCAUGGGAGUACUUAGGAUAUCUGCAGGGAAUGUCCAGUGAGGUCACAUGGGUAGAACUUAGAAAUAAAAAAUGGGGGGUUCACUUUGAUGGGAUUAUACUAUAGACCCCCUAACAAUCAGCAGGAAUUAGAGGAGCAUAUAUGUAGGGAGGUCACAGAUAGGUGCAAGAAUAAUAGGGUUGUAUCAGGAGGUGAUUUUAAUUUCCAUAAUAUUGACUGGAACUGCCACAGUGCUAAGGGAUUAGAUGAGGCAAAAUUUGUUAAGUGUGUCCAGGAAAGUUUUCUGUAGCAAUGUGUAAGAUGGCCUUACUAGAGAAGGGGCUACACUCAACCUCCUCUUGGGAAAUGAGGCUGGGCAAGUGGUGAUGUGUUAGUGGGAGAGCACUUUGGGACAGGUGACCAUAGUUUGAUUACAUUCAAGAUGGUCAUGGAAGUCUCCUUAAGGAUCAGUGUGAGCCACAGGAAAUGGGCGAGGUCUUAAAUGAAAACUUCUCUGCCUUUAUUUACCAUGGAGAAGGACAUGGAAGCUAGUGAGUUCAGGGGAAGGAACAAUGAUAUCCCUAGCGUAACAUCAUUACAAAGGAGGUGUUGGAAGUCUUGAAAUGCAUAAAGAUAGAUAAAUCUUUAUCCAGUGCAUGAUCAGCUGUGUUCUAGGACAUUAUGGGAAACAAGGUUUGAGAUUGCUGGGCACUCGGCAGAGAUUUUUGUAUCUUUGUUAGUCACUGAUAAGGUAAUAGAACACAGGAGGGUAGCUAGUGUUGUGCCUUUAUUUAAGUAGGGCAGUGGGGAUAAGCCAGGGAACUACAGGCCAGUGCGCCUUACAUUAGUGGUGGGAAAGUUGCUAGAAGGGAUUCUGAAAGACAGGAUUCAUUUGCAUUUGGAAAGGCAAGGACUGAUUAGCGAUAGUCCUACAGCUUUGUGCAUGAGAAACGAUACUUGAUUUUUUUGAAAAGAUGACCAAGAGAAUUGACGAGGGUAGGAUGGUAGACAUUGUCCACAUGGACUUUAGCAAGGCCUUUGACAAGAUCCCACAUAGUAGGCUUGUCCAGAAUGUUGGAACACAUUGGAUCCAGGGUGGGCUAGUCAACUGGAAUCGAAAAUUGGUUUGGUGGUAGGAGGCAGAGGGUGGUAGGAGAGGGUUGUUUUUCAGAUUUGAGGCCUGUGAUGUGCCACAGGGAUCAGUGCUGGGUCCUCUGUUGUUUCUCAUGUAUAUUAAUGAUUUGGGUGAAAAUGUAGGUGACAUGAUUAGUAUGUUUGCAGAUGACACCAAUAUUGGUGGUGUGGUGAAGAAGAUUGUCUUAGGUUACAACAGGAUACAGAUCAACUGGGAAAGUGGGCAAAGGAAUGUCAUAUUACAGAUGUAUGCAGUUCUGGUCGCUAUACUAUGAUUUAGCUAAGAGGGUGCAGAAAAGAUUCACGAGAAUGUUGCCUGGAUCGGAGGGCUUGAGGUAUAAAGAGAGGUUGGGUAGGCUAGGUCUAUUUUCCCUGGAGCAAAGGAGGCAGAGCGGUGACAUGAUAGAGGUUUAUAAAAUUAUGAGAGGCAAAGGUAGGAUAGAGAGCCAGAAUAUGUUUCUCAUGGUUGCAAUGUCCAGAACUAGAGGGGUAAGGUGAGAGGAGGUUUAAAGGGGAUCUGAGGGGUUUUUCACACAAAUGGUAAUUGCUAUCCAGAAUGAGCUGCCAGAUGAACUGAUGGAGGCAAGAACAGCACCAACAUUUGAGAGGCAACUGGACAGAUACUUGAAUGAGCAGGGCAGAGAGGGAUGUGAGAUUAAUGCAGGCAAGUGGGAUUAGUAGAGAUAGGCAUGAUGGUUAGCAGAGACAUGGUGGAUCGAAGGGCCUGCUUCUAUGCUGUACAACUCUAUGACCCUAUGAACUGAGGCAGGGGAGAGUUGGCAGCAUUAUGGUGGUGGAAACAGGCAAACUCAGUGAAGGCACAGACAUACGAUUGAAGUUCUUUCCAGGGUUAAAAUAGUUACACCAAGGCUGCAAACAGUCUGGUUCAUUUUCAUACGGUUGUCAGGGGAUGCAGGAGUUAAUAGCUAGGGAGUCUGAGGGGGCCUAAAACUAAUUAGCUGGAGAAAAUCUCUGCUAUUUCAAUAUUGGAUGCUGGCAAUAAGUCUUACAUUUUAGAGACAGCAGCAUUGUCAAGAUUUGAGUGUACUCAGCUUGCAUGUGAAAAUUGUUGCUUUUUUUUAAACAAGAUGUUACUGAGAGGUGUAACAAGUAGAUGAGAAAUAUGUGGAAGUCAAGGAUAGAGCCAGCAGGACAAAUGGUGUGGGUGUGGAAAGAGAAGCCAGUGCUGGUGAGUGUCUGGCUAUGGACUGGAUAGAUAAAAAUGGAACCUAGCAAGUGUGGUCCCAGCUGGAGGAUAGUGAAGAUACAACGGCUGAUGUGUGGACAACCAUGUUAAAGGCUUUGGACAGAUAAAGAGAAUGAGGGAGAUAUGACCUUGCCAAAUCACUUAGGAUCUUGUUAUAGUGACCUUGAUGAGAAAUACCUUGGUAUUGUGGCAGGGUGGAAAUCAGAUUGAACAUUCACAGAUUUCCAUUAAAUUGAUAUAGCUGACCUUUUUUUCAUUAGGUGUCCAUUUAUGAAGGUACAGAUAAUAAGCAUAAAUUAAUUUAAUACAGUCAGAUUUAAAAUCAUUUACCUAAAUCUAAAAACAAAGUGAAAUGACAGGUUGAAAUAAUUACAGAAAUGCAUCCUUGUGUUGGUCAGUGUGGAAUGGUCUCUUAAUAAGAAAUGGACUAAAGCAUCCAUUGUCAACAACCUGCAUUACAUUUAAUAGCCAUACUUUUUAUCAAGUAAAAUCUUACUUUCAUCUCCAUUGGUGAUAAUAUUGACCUGAAGUCCGCAGUAGAUAUUUCUUACACUCAUAGGGCUGUGUUAAUAUUCAUACAGACCUUGUUAUUUCUGCCAGCUUUAGUAACAUUUUAUUCAGUCAUUUCAAUCAAUAUUUCUGAAUUCAUGUUAGCAAAAAUAAUGGCAGAUAAUUAGUACUCCAAGAUAAUUAACAAAUUAAAAACGACCUGGAUGAGGAGGUGGAGGGGUGGGUUAGUAAGUUUGUGGAUGACACAAAGGUUGGGGGUGUUGUGGCUAGUUUGGAGGGCUGUCAGAGGUUACAGAGGGACAUAGAUAGGAUGCAAAGUUGGGCUGAGAAGUGGCAGAUGCAGUUCAACCCAGAUAAGUAUGAAGUGGUUCAUUUUGGUAGGUCAAAUAUGAUGGCGGAAUAUAGUAUUAAUGGUAGGACUCUUGGCAGUGUGGAGGAUCAGAGGGAUCUUGGGGUCCAAGUCCAUAGGACACUCAAAGCGGCUGCGCAGGUUGACUCUGUGGUUAAGAAGGCAUAUGGUGUAUUGUCCUUCAUCAAUCAGGGAAUUGAAUUUAGGAGGUGAGAGGUAUUGUUGCAGCUAUGUAGGACCCAUGUCAGACCCCACUUGGAGUACUGUGCUCAGUUCUGGUCGCCUCACUACAGGAAGGAUGUGGAAGCCGUUGAAAGGGUGCAGAGGAGAUUUACAAGGAUGCUGCCUGGAAUGCGGAGCAUGCCUAAUGAAAGCAGGUUGAGGGAACUCGGCCUUUUCUCCUUGGAGCGAUGGAGGAUGAGGGGGGACCUGAUAGAGGUAUAUAAGAUGAUGAGAGGUAUUGAUUGGGUAGAUAGUCAGAGGCUUUUCCCCAGGGCUGAAAUGGUGGCCACAACAGGACAUAGGUUUAAGGUGCUGGGGAGUAGGUAUAGAGGAAAUGUCAGGGGUAAGUUGUUUACUCAGAGUGGUGAGUGCGUGGAAUGGGCUGCCGGCAACGGUGGUGGAGGCGGAUACAAUAGGGUCUUUUAAGAGACUGAUGGGUAGGUACAUGGAGCUGAGAAAAAUAGAGGGCUAUGGGUAAGCCUAGUAAUUUCUAGGGUAGGGACAUGUUUGGCACAGUUUUGUGGGCUGAAGGACCUGAAUUGUGCUGUAGUUUUUCUAUGUUUCUAAGUAAGGAUUUCUGAUUCUUACCCUGUUGAUUUAUUAGUAUUUCUGAAAUGGCAUGGGAUUGUAAGUGAUAUUAACCAAUUCUCUUCUGCCAAAUUCUGGUAUUCAAAUGCACCAGUUCCACUCUAGAUGGUAGUCCAGAAAUGUUGGAGCAUCAGAUGAUUUAUUAAAUCAUUUUGGGACUUCAAUAUUAGUUCAUCUGCGAGACUAUAAUUAAUUUUUGACAGUCCCUUCCAACACAAAGUGAUAUGGACUUUUGCCACAAAUUUGUGCUGUUCAGCAAACAAUCUGACCAGUCAGUUUCAUGAACAAUCUCAUGGUAAGCUUACAGUAAAAUUUUGUGAAAAGAUUUAAUGAUAUUAUUCACUGUACAAUUCAAGUGACCCUUUGAUUCAUCUGAUUUGUCUUAACAAUAAGUUAACUACACUUCAGGCUAAUAAUGACUUCAUACUUCUCAGAAUAUGCAGAAGUAUAUCCAGAUUGUUUAUAGUAUAUGAUAUCCAGACCAUGGAAAAUGAUCAUUCAUGUAUUGUUUAACUAGACACUGAUAUUGAGGUAAUUGACAACAAAGUGCAGCAGUUAGUUUGACACAUGGAAAUGUUGCUUCUCGGUAUCACUUAUAUAGCAGUGCAAACUCCAGUAAAAUCCUGAAAUCUAACAUUACUGCAAUUCUAAAUAAUCACACUAUUUUGUAAGCUAUCUUCAAUAAUUGUGUACAGUUUUUAAAAUUUAUCUUUCGUUUAUUCGUCUUUCGGGAUCUGGGUGUUGUUUCCAAUCUUGACAUUUAUUGCUCAUUCCUAAUUGCCCUUGAAUAGGGGCAAUGGAUUGUUGUGGUAACCCGCAACCAUCCUUGCACUUGUUACCAUAGAGAACUCUUCAGGCUGGGGAGAGCUGUGCAGCCAAACGGAGAGAGGGUGUCACAGCUUCCAUCACAUCCUCCAGGGCGUAGGAUCCGGGCACUCUCAACAUGUGGAGCAGCUGCUGCUGGUCCCCAGCAAUGGCAGCCAGGAUGUGGCCGUAAGCUCUACAUCUAAUCAGUGAGUGGCCACAUCACUCGCCCCAAUAUGCCCAACACCAGCUCUCCUAGGCAGAGUCUCCAUACCUACUUGUCGGGUAAUUCAUUACAGAUUGCAGCAGGGAGGGCCACCUGAGGGUAGGGCAUCACACCAAGUUCCUGGAAAACGGGUUCCAACACAGCAGCACACAAUAACGGGGAGGGCAGGGAUUCAUCCAGGUUCCUGAGACACAGAUUCGAAGCACAGCAGUGGAGAGGGUUCCCAGGACACAUGUUCUCGGCAAAGUAAUGGGGAGACCAGGGGUUGCACUGGGCUCCUGUGCAGCAGCAUGCAGCCCAAGCAGAUAUCUUGUUAAAGUACAAGAGGUGUAUACCUGUGUGUUUGUAUUGGAGAACCAAGAGCAGCAUAAGCAGUGUUCUGUGGGGGAGUGCUGAGCAGGUAUCUGAAUAGAUGGCAGUGUUGUCACUGUAUUGGACUGAAUCCAUCAUAUUAGGGCAUGUGUACUAUUAAUCUAUUGACUGUGUGAUUAAGGUAUAGUUUUAGUUAAUUCAAAUUAUGCAAGUUCCCACUUCACUGUAUUAUUUACAUUGAAUUAUUAAAUAAUUUGACAUAGGCAAACUUUUUCAGCACAACAAAUACUGAACUACUAGGUGGCAACAGUCUACUAGGUGUUGUCCUUUCUGAUAUUUGGCAUUAAUAAAGGAAGCUGCAUAUAGUUUUGCAAUUUGCUUAUUUUGGUAUUUGUGUUCAACCCCAAAAGUCCAUGAUGUUCCUCAGGAACAAAUCAUUCAUACAUGUUAGGAAUCUCCUGUCAUAAAUGACAAUGAUUGUGCUUAAAGAUUUGCAAAAAAUAUGGUCCAAGGACUUCUAAUCUAAUGGUAAUGACAUCAAACUCAGCUGUGGGUGUUUUUUCAGGGGUGAGGAAUGGGAUACACUGGUGUGUACUGUGCAGCAGUCAGUCUUACUGCAGAUGGCAUAAAUUACAUCACAGAGUGGCUUUAAACAUGUCUUCAAUUUUUUGAAUCAAUGGUAAUUGUGUAUAAAAAAAAGUAAACAAACCAUUGUGGAGGACCACAACAAUCAUUGAACCCACAAGGAAGGAAAAUAAUUUUGCUCCAAAUGUACACAGAUCUCACCCCAUAACUUCAGCAAGAUAAAAGAUAUUUAUUUAUUACUCACAUGUACAUCAAAACACAGUGUUUCAAUGUACAUGUGAGUAAUAAAUAAAUGUACAUAUGCAUGUGAGUAAUAAACAUCUUUUUGUGUUACUGAGAAUGUGCUGGGGCAGCCCGCAAGUGUCGUCAUGCUUCCAGCGCCAACAUAGCAUGCCCACAACUCCUAACCCGUAUGUCUUUGGAAUGUGGGAGGAAACCGGAGCACCCAGAGGAAACCCACACAGACACACGGGGAGAACGUACAAACUCUUUACAGACAGCGGCGGGAAUUGAACCCAGGUCACUGGCACAGUAAUAGUGUUACGCUAACCACUACACUACCGUGCUGCCCACAGUACUGAAGAAGUUAUAAAAGUCAGUAAUUACGAGAACAACUGGUUAAAUGGUGUGACUGAACAUGAGCUAUAUAUCUGAUUUAUUAAUUCAACUCUUCUGUUUUGUGUGAAAGUUUUUACACCUAAAAGAAUUUUGUUCUAAUAUUUAUAAAGGUACAAGGAGAAAGGGAAGAGCCAUAUCUAUGGUACAUAAUUUUUAAAAAUUCCUAUUGCAAAGAAUUAUGAUUAACCUUACUAUAACUUUCUUUUUGGGAUAAAUAUAUUUAUAAGAACUGAAGCUGAAUGCUAUCAUCAGAAAUGGCCCACUCCAAAUAGCAUGAGAAAUAUAAGUUGACAGUAGUGACAAACACAUGACUUCUUCCUUCCCCAGCAAUCUUAAGUGGGUUUGGAUUUAAGUUGAUCCAAGGGGCAUGGAGCAUUCAACGUUUUAGAAGUAGUCCCACUGGCACUGAGGCUGGAUAAGAACAUCAGAAAUAGUGGGACUAGACUAUUCAGCUUCCUGUGCCUGCUUUGCCACUAAUUAAGAUCAUGGCUGAUGUUCUACCUCAGCAUCACUUUCCUGCACUAACUCCAUAUCCAUUGAUCUCCAUAAUAUGUAAGAAUCUGGAGCUGGAAUGGAGGCUGAUGCAGUUGGCUGAGUGGAGGAAUUCUUUUGUCUGAAUCUGAGAUUACUGGUAGAAGCAAUAUAAGGACCAGGAAAUUGACAUGUCCUAUCACAGUGUCCUAGGGGGAGUCUGAAAUUUGCACCAAAAUAGAGCUAAGGAAGAUCCUUUUGGAUCAAUAACAAUUGCAGUAUUAUGGGGUAUGGAAGACAGAUACAACCUUAUUCCUAUCUCAGUGAUAUGAUUUACAGCAGUGUCAUAUCUUUAAUACAUCGAAACAUGUCUAGGUGCUUUACAGGAGCUAUAUCAAGCCAGGGUUGAGAUAAUGAGAUAUUAUUACGUGACCAAACAAUUGGUUAAGGAGGCAGGGUUGAAGGAAUGUCUUACACGAGGAAAGGAUGGUAGAAAAGCCUAGGGAGGGAAUUCCAGAGCCUUGCUGGCUGAAGCUACCAAUGAUGGAGCAAUUACACUUGAGGAUAACCUAAGGGGAUUAUCAGACUGGAGAAGAUUCUGGAGGUAGGCUGGGACAAGGUCACAGAGGAAUUUGAAAAUAAGAGUGAGAAUUUUAAAACCAAGGCUCUCAGAAGCACAGGAUGAUGGGAGAAUGGGACUUGGAGCACAAAUUAUAGGAACCAGACUUUACUGAGGAGAGAAUCUUAUCUUACAUAUGUAAAAUAUAUGCCAAGAUGAACACUCCAAUUUGAUUUCAGAUAGUUGUCAGUGAGAGGAAUGGAGUCAGUGACCAUGAAACGGUCUAUAACAGGAACUGAAGACUGUGGCAGGGUCAAGGGGUUGAAUGUUCUAUUUCCAUAUUCCUAAUGUCAUAAAUCACAUGAGGAACAUUAGUCAAAUGUUAAGCUAUUCCUUUAACCUGACUUUAGAGGAUUUGAAGGUGGGCCAAACUGUACCUCUUCAAAGCAAGUUACAUAAACCAGAUCAAUCCCACCAGGAACCAGGUGCCCAACAAAGUUAAAUUAGUUUUGGGGUCUACUGAGGAUCUAUCAGGGUAACUUAAAAUACUUUUUUCUUGAUCACUUUUUCUACCAAGUCCAUCAAUAAUGUCUAUGAAAUCCCAUCCAAUAAUAGUGUUUAAAGUGUCAAUCCAGAGAAAUGGAGAAGUAAAGUUCAACUGCAAAUAUUUUACACUCUGCUCUGUAUUCAGACCCUCAAAGGAAGCUGCUGUCAUCAGGUUGAAUAUGGUAAAUAGUUUUACAGAAAUAACUCAUGGAGAGGGGACAGUAUACUCUUAAAAGUGGGAAAAAAUGUUCCUAUUGGCAAUAAAGUUGACCUCUUAAUAACGAAUCUUAUACUGCCUCUGACUGAGAUUGCAUGUAGUUAAUAAGAAAACUUGUAGAUAAUAAGAAUGCACUGGAUUCUUACCUUUAACUGGUGGUACUUUGUUGACCUGAUAAUAGCAAACUGGGUUUCCAAAUCCAAACAACACUUGGGAAAUCUUCCAAUAUGAAAAGUUUGCAUGUACUCUAUGACAGCACUAUUUGAUUGUCUGGAUCCAAAUCAUCUUCAGUAAAAGCAAGUCAUCUCCAAAAACUCAGCUAUCUGGUAGGAUUUGAAUUUAGUGAUAUGUUUGCUAAACAAAACAAAAUUACUCUAGCUGAAUAGACAGACUUGCUUAAGUAUUAUAUCAUGGCACCAAUCAAAGAUUGUAUAUUGAAUGGACUUACAUAAACCAUGGACUCCCAGAUGUUGGAGAGAUCUGAAAAGUCAAGAGAUAUCUACUUGUUGCAGAGAAUCUUGGCCUUCUACUUAUGAUGUUCCUCUGUUUGCCCCAGGUAAUAUUUAUUUCUCCCAUUCACCUCCUCCAUGAUGUCGAUGCUCUUAGUAGUGGUGAUUUCAGGGAGGUCUAGGGCUUAAUUUGUUCAGCAUGGUCAGCACCUAGCAAUCAUGUGGUCUGAAUUUUACAUUUUACUUCCAUUGCUCUAGAUUGUCAUGAGCUUCCAUGUUUCUGGAAGAGUUGUGAAUGGAGCCAAAUGCUUGAAUUAUCAAGGCUGAGCACCACUCAUUUCAUUCAAUAGAUGGAAAGUCAGUGUUGAAGCAACUGAAUAAAUCAGCCAAGUACAUCUCUCUUGAAAUGCUUGAUUUCUUGGGCAUCUCAGCCAUCUUCCUUUGUUUCAAUUACAUCUCCAACCACCAGAUGAUUUUCCCAUUGAGCCUUUAAAGUUAAUAUUUGUAGAGUUCCCUGAUGCCAUGCAUGAUCAAAUAUUGCCUUUAGGUUGAUUAUACCCAGUAAGUACUGGAGAAUCUUCUUUAGGGGUUCUGAGACUUUAGGGUGGAAAUCCGUCCUUGCACCAAAUUCACUCCAGCUCUGAAAUUCCAUUUGAGUGAUUUAAGUGGAAUCAAAUUUCAGAAUCAGUUUACAAAUGCACAGUGUCUAGUAUACGGCAAGCAACCAGAGACAAAUUUGUAGCUCACCGUCCUUACAAGACUUUGCAUAACUAUAGGAGGUUGCUUAAUACUUCAUGUCUCUCCUACCAUCACUUUAACUUUACAUCUAUUUUAUUUCCAAAUGAACAUAUAUUUGUUAACUCUUCUUAACUUUAUCAAUUAAACUUAACAGUUUUGCUAGAUCAGCAGGGUCCCACCAACUGCUGACUGAACUAUUAUUAGUUGGCUAAAAAAAGAUCAUUCACAAAGCACUGGAGGAACUCAGCGGGUCAGGCAGCAUCUAUGGAGGGAAAUGGACAGUUGGUGUUUUGGGUCGAGACCCUUCAUCUGGACUGAUACGGUCUCAACCUAAAAUGUCAACUGUCCAUUUCCCUUCCCAGAUGCUGCCUGACUCGCUGAGUUCCUCCAGCAGUUUGUGUGUGGCUCCAGAUUCCAGCAUCUGUAGUCUCUGCUGUCUCUAAAAUGAUCAUACCAUUUUUUCUUUUGAAGCAUUAAUGAUUGAACAGGUUGCAUUAUUGAAGUGAUCAGGUCAAUUUGCAUUUAUAAUUUGAUGUACAAAUUUUUGAUGAGAGAUUUCAUGGAAAUCCAGUGAAGUAGGUAACUAAUGCAGCAAUUAUACUUCCUGUACAAGUCACAGCACCUCUGGUCUAAUUACUGUAAUUAAUUCAAUUGGUGUAUUUCUGUAUUGAAGAGAAACAUCCAUAUAGGAGAAGAAGAAACGGGCUGUUACCAAUUGUAGUCUGGUUGUGGUAAUGUUUACUAAUUCAGAGAAAGUCACAUUCAGCAGACAACUUAUUUUAACUUUAUCUUCUAGACCAACCCAUCGUCAGUCUGUGUGUCCCGGUGAGGGUGGGUAGGGUGACGGUGAUGUCUCAUCAAUACCAAUACAUGUGUGAAAAUGACACUGAGAUGCACUGUGAUGCCGUGACAUGUAGCAGACUUUGUGAUGCUGUGUUGGCUUUAGAUGUUGGAGUGGAGUUGUGUGAUCUGUCGAUCAGCUGAAAUCCCCAAGAUUGAAAUCAACAGAUUUCUAUUGAAAAGGGUGUCAAAAAUAUUUAGUCAUGUCCGGUGAAUGGACAAGUUUCAGAUCAACUGGGGAUUAACAGAAUGGUGGAACAGAUUUAAAGGACAGAUAACUUUAUUAUCUCAUAUAUGCAAUUUGAGCACUUUGGAUGCAGAAGCAAAAGUUUGCUCAAAUACAGAUACUGAACAGUGAAGCAAACCAUGUGCUGGCAUGAUCCAGAGCUCUUUAAUACAUGAAAUAGCCUGUGAUGUUUCUUUUUAAUAGAGCAUCUCUCCAGCCCUGUAUCCAUAUCUCUAUUUUGCUUUACUUUAGAUCCAUACAGAGUAAAAUAUCAAUUGAUUUUACCAUCAAUUUACUAACAAAUCUGAGUGUAAUGUACAACUUAAUAGGUAAAUUGUGUAACUGGUUUCAGUUAUUAGGUCACUCGCCACAACUUAGGGUUGUUUGACAUUCUAGCACUUUGCAGUCCUGACUUGAAAGAUUAUUUUAUUGUUUUCUCACUAUUUACACCACACAACACAAUACUUGGAAUGUUAUAACACCAUAUAACAUUCUCACUUCCCUAUUUGCACUAAAUUGUAACUAAGUUAUCAUGAAUGAUGAAAUCACAUUUGUUGAAACUCUCUGUUGAGGACAUUUAAAAAGAAGUUUUCAAGUCACAAGGAAUAGCCUUUUGUACAGCCCCUCCCACCCUCAUUCAUUUCUUUGUCUCACAAGAUGUCCAUCCUAGAUUCCGCUGGUGCUGUGCACAAAUAGAAAAAAGACUACGAUUGCUCAGGGACUAGUUGGGUCCUUAAACAAAUCUACAUUUGCACUUGUGUGUUUAAAAAAAACAGAAAUAUUCCCACAUUUCCUUAACAUUUCUUUGAGUGAAUGAAUAUCAGGUGCUGGGCACUGCUGUUCAUUCACUCACAAAAAGGGGUUUCAUUGUUUCUUGGUGACUGCAUCAUAGUGGUUUCAAAUGUGUUCUAGAACAAUGAACUGUGUAUUGUCUGUAAUUUAAUAUCCUUAAUGUUUACAUCCUGUAAAUGCACCACUGUGGUGCAAAAUCAUGUAAUGCUUUAAAAAUAGUAACUGCAGCUCAGAUUUCAGUUGUAUAAUAAUGUACUUCCUAAAAUAGUUUUCUACUACACAUUUGAGAGUAGUGAUCCUGCAAUAAGUAGAACCAUACGACAGAUACGCCAGCUAUUCAAACUCAACCAUCCAUCAAACAAUCCAUGAAACAUCUAGCUGCACACUAAACAGAUUUCCACAAGUCUUGUUUUCAUCCUUUACCUCAGCAGUAGUGUAUCUAUAUGUAACUGGAGCAGUAAAGGCUUUCAGAAAGAAAGCCAUGUUUAAAUUUCACUUGUAUUUGUCAAAAAAAAGUUUAAAAACAUAUAUUAAAUCUGCAAUCAUUUUAAAGUAGUAGUCUCCUUAUUCAGACUGACAGAGUAGAAACAUCAUCUGUAGAUAAGUUCCCUAGGGGUAUAUUUUAUAGAUGGAACAAGCACUACUUAUAAAGGCAAAAGUUCCUGAAUGAAUUGCCUGAGACAAUUUUUUAAAAUGUUAAUUUGUUUGUAGAUUAAUGAAGCAUUCUGUGUAUAUUCUACAAUAUUUAUACUAAUCUAUACAAUAAAGGACUUCACUGCAGGCUUAGUUUUACCUGAAAGCACUGUUAUCUUCAUUAUCUUCUGGAUAAAUUAUUCCAAUGUAUUUAAUUUUUUUUUAGCAGUAAUUGUCUUCUUCGACUCUAAAGGAACAAGUGUCAUGUAGUGGAUUCACAGGAAUGAUGAAUUUUAUCACAAUUAAAUUUACCAUUUAAUUACAAAUUACUGACCAUUUGGAAACUGUACACAAUUCCCAGUUUUCCCUUGGAAAGGUUACAUUGGUAUUUUUAUGUAUGAACAGAUAGAUAUGAAUAAUCAUUUAGUUUUACUACUGUAUAAUGUAUCAGAUGUGUGAGAUUCUGAAGCAUUGUUACUGUGAGUUCAUAGCUUUCAACAACAUUACAAAAAUGUUACAGUGGGCAUCACUGGAAUUAUAAAUCAUAAUUAAUUGCUUUCAGCAUAAAAAUGUAAAAAAAUCUUUGGAGAUUAAAAAAACGACUGUUAUAAUUAACUUGUGAAUGAUUUCUGUGAAUUUAUUUUGUAUCUUCAAUUGUA